AUGCCUCCUCCCGUCAACCAAGAGACUGUCCCACGAGCACACAUGACGCCGAUGCCUCUUCCUACACUGUCAGAAAACGGCCACUACAUGACCACUAGCCACUACGAGCCUGUUACCAUCCAGCGCUUCGAUGACAGACGUGCCGAGACCUUCGGCGCGUACAGCAUGGCGAGCAACACGCCUGCCUUCCACCGAACACAGGAGCGCCAGACCGUCGGCUUGACAGCUCCUCCCCAGCCUCCCCAUGUCACCGUCUGGGCUCAGCAACAAUCUUCCCGACCCGGCAACGGUAGGACGCCCGUCCCUCAAGCAGCGCCUGUCAACUUCCGUCGAUCUCCGAGCCAGCAGUCCUCCGCUCCAGCCUUCCGACCGGAGCUCAUCGUCGACUUUUUCACGCGGCAAACACAGCCUCACAUUGAUGUCCUCGACGUGCGUCAGCGCGAGCAGCAGGACGAGGUCCUGUCUCCUGAGCAGUCUGCAUCUCCUUCUGUCUCAGAGUCCCUCGAGGUGAUCCGAACUGCCACGGCGGAGACGCUGCGGGUUCUCGGUACGCUUCGGCCUGGUUCGAUGCCUUCUUUCAACCUCACGGAGCAGAGACUCCGCGGUGAGGUCGAGAAGAUCAUCGCCUCCGUGCAGAGCAUUCGCCAGACGGCCCUUGCCGGCAACGGACUGCCCCAACAAGACCGAAGGGCACUGAACCAGCAGGUGCAGAGCUUGGCUGGUUACAUCGAGUACCUCGGCGAGGUCUUCCCUGACAUGGUAGAGCCUGCCAAGGUCUCCGAACCAGCCACCAGCACCCAGACACAACCGUCUGCAACUUCGCCGAAGAUGUGGUUGCCGUCGCCCCCCAGGAUGAUGAACCCCACCGUGGCUCCGGCGCCUUCGGAACCUCAGCCCGUGGUCAUGAUGCCGGGCCAAGACAUGAUGCCGGCGUCGUCGGGAGGUCCAUCUCCCAUCGACUUCCCCCAGCCCAACUGGGCUGGCGCCUCCGUGCCCACGAUCGUGGACCCUGCCAUGUCUGCGGCUUACCCUGCCGUCCAGUCCAUCUCGGCGCACUCCUCACCGUACCUGGGUCCGGCUGCCGACCCCAACCCCCGCGGCCACUACCUGCUCCCCGGGUCGGUCGCCAUGGCCACGACCGCCUCAGCCCCGGGCAUCGUGUCGACGACGACGCCCACCCCUUCCACUCUUCGCCCUUCGCCUCGCAGCCGCCACCCCGUCGUCCUGUCUCCCAUGCCCAUGCCCGUGGCCUCGUUCGACCGCCGGUCCUCCCUACCCGGCCGCCGCGUCGCCCAGCCUCCCCGGGAGAGGGAACGCUACCGCGCCGCCCCGUACCCUCAGUCCUACCGCGGCACGGGCGACCGAAAGGGUUCCAUCUGA